GCAUGCCGCGGCCUCCCCUGCGCUUCCCGCCGAGCCGCUGCUGAGCGGCGGCCCCGGGGCGGCGAUGGGGUCGUGCCGGGGCAGCGGGGACUCUGUGGGCGCUGGGAGGCGGGCAGUGGGCGGAAGAGGGAAGGAGGCAGGCGCGGCCCGGCCUCGGCGCCCGCCGUCCCCGGCCCCGCCAGCCCCAUUGUCUCUGCGGCCUGACGGUCCCGCCGGCCUCUACUGAGCGGGAAGGGCCGACUGGCCCUGUCGUGCUGUGCUGUGGAGCCCGCGGAGCUGGAAGGCUGUUGGAUCGCGGUGGGAGCGGCGGGAUUGGACAGGGUUAACGGGAGAGCUCAGCUGGUGCCGGGCAGGGCCGUCACUACUGCCUCGGCCGCGGGGACUCGAGUCCUGAGGGGACGAAGCCUGUGGUUCUGAAUGUUCGGGACUUCUGCCCCAGAGACUUCGCCGCUGGGACUUAUGAGAACAGAUUCGGGACAGAUAUUGAGAAUUUUGCCAGGUCAUCUCUGCCUGGGCACAGUUAAUCGGUGUGAUAUUUAGUGAGUUUCGUUGAAGCUGUCCAACUGUGUUGAAUCAGCGUGCCUAGUCUCAAGGGUGCAUCGUGAAAACUGAAACCAAAGGAAUGAUACUGGCCUGCUUUGUGUGUUUUCCCACUUUAAGCUUGUUUUCAGUACACAAAUUUUUAAUUCAAAGCUGAUUGGACUGUGGCGAGCAGAGAUCUGUUCAAAGGAGGGCAGAGAGCACAGUACUUCUGAAGGGGGCUUGAUAAUGUGGAAUUAUUUUCUCUCUCCGGUCACUGGGUUGCUGGUUGAAUUCAGAUGUCCCUGGUAGAUUUGGGAAAGAAGCUUUUAGAAGCGGCACGAGCAGGUCAAGAUGAUGAAGUUCGUAUUUUGAUGGCAAAUGGAGCUCCUUUUACUACAGACUGGCUGGGAACAUCUCCACUUCAUCUGGCAGCACAAUAUGGGCAUUAUUCCACCACAGAGGUACUACUGCGAGCUGGUGUAAGUAGGGAUGCCAGAACCAAAGUGGACCGAACACCAUUACACAUGGCAGCUUCUGAGGGCCAUGCCAGCAUAGUAGAGGUUUUGCUUAAGCAUGGUGCUGACGUUAAUGCAAAGGACAUGUUAAAGAUGACAGCUCUGCAUUGGGCCACAGAACACAAUCAUCAAGAGGUGGUGGAACUUUUAAUCAAAUAUGGUGCUGAUGUACACACGCAAAGUAAAUUUUGUAAAACUGCAUUUGAUAUUUCAAUAGACAAUGGAAAUGAAGAUUUAGCAGAAAUAUUACAGAUUGCUAUGCAGAACCAAAUCAACACAAACCCAGAGAGUCCUGACACUGUGACGAUACAUGCUGCAACACCACAGUUUAUCAUUGGACCUGGAGGGGUGGUGAACCUAACAGGUCUGGUAUCUUCAGAAAAUUCAUCCAAGGCAACAGAUGAAACGGGUGUGUCUGCUGUUCAGUUUGGAAACUCCUCUACAUCAGUAUUAGCUACGUUAGCUGCCUUAGCUGAAGCCUCUGCUCCGUUAUCCAAUUCAUCAGAAACUCCAGUAGUGGCCACAGAAGAAGUGGUUACUGCAGAAUCUGUGGAUGGUGCAAUUCAGCAAGUAGUUAGUUCAGGGGGUCAACAAGUCAUCACAAUAGUCACAGAUGGAAUUCAGCUUGGAAAUUUGCACUCCAUUCCAACCAGUGGAAUAGGUCAGCCCAUCAUUGUGACCAUGCCAGAUGGACAGCAAGUGUUAACAGUACCAGCAACAGACAUUGCUGAAGAAACUGUAAUAAGUGAAGAACCACCAGCUAAGAGACAAUGUAUCGAAAUAAUUGAAAACCGGGUGGAAUCUGCAGAAAUAGAAGAGAGAGAAGCUCUUCAGAAACAGCUGGAUGAAGCAAAUCGAGAAGCACAAAAAUAUCGACAGCAGCUUCUUAAGAAAGAACAGGAAGCCGAGGCUUACAGACAGAAAUUAGAAGCUAUGACUCGUCUUCAGACUAAUAAAGAAGCUGUUUAGUUAAAAUGAACAUGUAAUUUGAUUUUACUUUUGGUCAAGAAAGAAUGCAAUCUUGAACUGUAUACAAAAAGAGUACAGUCAUGGAAAUACAGGAAAUAGAAGAGACUGCAGAUCAAUAAUUGGACUUAAGCCAUGAGCUCUGAAUUCUUGUAUCAUAAACUUUACUUUAGAAGUUGUGAAAUGUAUUUAAAACUGAACUCUGUAAAUAUUUUUUUUUUACAGUUCCAUGAGUUGAUAAAAAAUUGUUGAAGAGAUCCAAAAACACAAUAAGCCACUGUUAUUGAGCUUCUUUUUGAUUUUUAGUAUGAACCUAAAUUUCUCAGAGACAGAACAGUUUUAAGGGUGAUCGUUGUUGAUUAGACCAAAUGUUGUGUAAUAAUUAUGGUGGACUAAUGCUGGAAUUACUCCUGUAGGUAUAAACUUCUAUGUGAAGAAAAGAUUUCUCCCAGGAAAUCUUUUGUACAGCUUUAAGUUGUCUCAGAUUCUCUGAAAACAUUUUUUUGAAAGCAAAUUUUUAUAUUUGUUCAAUUUCAGCUAUACCCAAGUAGAUUUACAUGUAUAUGAAGCAAAUAUUUUUUAAACUUUCUGUUUGUACAUAUUCUGCAUGUUUUAUAAUUUCAAAAUGCAUCACUUGCAUAGAUAUUUUUCCCACGAAGAUGAUGAAAACUACCAGAAAACAACAACAACAACACACAAACCUUUUAUUCUGUAGGUAAUUGAAACUAAGUAAGCUAGUAGUUGGUUUUAUUGGAAUGACAAUGUUCUUAGAAGGAGCAGCUUACAAGAUAACUUGAAUAAUUUGAAAACUCUGCAAAAUCUAUGCUUUUUUGAAAAUUUCAUUGUGGGGACGUGAAACUGUAUUUGUGCCUUCCAUCAUGAUUUCCACAUGAAAGCACUUUAAGGCACUGGAUUUUAAGAUAAUGUUUUUUUGAAAACUCAAAUGUAUAUGGGUUUCUGAAAUAUUUCAUGGACUUAUUUUCCCCCAGGAAAUUAUUCUUAUGGAAAAAAAUUGCUUUUGUAUGUAGAACAAGAAUUUUUUGUACUACAGUGAUGCUAUAGAUAUGUCUGAUGUAACUUACACUUUUCUCUGUGAAAGCUCCAUGUCUAUGUUGUAACCUGCUCUCAUCACAAUAUUCUUGAAUUCUACAGUGUAUGGUCCUUAAACUCUGAAGACUGUUCAUUCUUUUUUGUAAAACAUAACUUCAAGCCCUUUUUUCUUGCUUUAUUUUUUAAUGUUUUAUUGCUUUAUGAAAAUGUUUAACCCUAAUAACCCUCUAGAUUACCUAUACUGUAUAAAGAAGCAAUUGCCCUUAAAACUGUACUCUGGCCUACUUUUCUAUUUUACAAUUAAAUAUCUUUUCCACAUA